AUGGGUGUCAGCGUUAGAUCAUCCUUCAAAUUCUGGUCACAGAAAGAGUUUGGAAAAGGAACAAUUGAGGUUGAAAAAGGAGAUAUAACGGCAGAAAGGGUUCAUGUUAUUGUUGGAACCUCAUCAUCGCAAAGAUUAAAAGAGAUAAUACUCGAAGCAGCCGGUGAUGUCGCGAAAACUGCGUAUAAGACUGAACUUGAAAAGAACCCGAUUCCAAUAUUAAUUUCUCUUCCUCCAGGCCAAUUAUCUUGCAAAAGAAUCUUUUUUGUUAAAUGGAGACCAGAAAAAAAUGAAACUUUACUUGAAAAAUCAAUCACUGAUUUUGUAUGUAAUACUAUAAAAAAUGUUGCUUCACAUGAUUUUACUUCGGUGGCAUUUCCAGCUAUCGGCUGUGGCUUACAUGGAUUUCCAGUAGAUGUUUUAGCCAAGACAUGA